AUGGAAAUUGGGGAAGACUGUUAUAAUGAGUCUCAAGCCGAUCUAGGAUUGUCAACGGGUACAUUCGUUGUCUCAACCACCGAAAACAAGUUCACAGCUUUGGGAUGCGAUACGUAUGGGCAAAUGGCGACCCGGCGGGAAGGCAUGAACUUUUUCACCGCCUGCACGGCCUACUGUGCCAACCUCGCCGACGUUCAAGACGGAAGGUGCGACGGUAUAGGGUGUUGUCAAGCAGCGAUUCCUCAGAAUACACAGCAUUUGCAAAGUCGAGUUCUCAGUUUUCACAAUCAUUCCAAUGUGGUCGACUUUAAUCCUUGCGGUUAUGCAUUUGUUGCGGCUACGAGCGUUUACCAUUUCUCAAGCAAACACCUCAAGGAAAAGCCGCCUAAGGAGGACCGACCGGUGGUGCUCGAAUGGGCUGUAAGUAACAAGACUUGCAAAGAGGCGGCCAAGGAUGUUCAAACUUAUGCUUGCAACGGUCAAAACAAGGAAUGCUUGGACGUUCAGAAUGGGGUAGGUUAUAGGUGCAAAUGCAUCGACGGAUUCAAUGGGAACCCCUAUCUCUUUUAUGGUUGUGAAGAUAUUAACGAAUGCAGCGACCCAAAGUUGAAUGACUGUGUGGAAAUCUGUAAGAAUGAACAGGGAGUCCUCAUUGUUCAUGUCCGUGGGGAUAUCACGGCAAUGGAAGCAAAGCUGGCACUGGCUGUUCAUAGGUACUGGGAUCGCCAUAAUAUUCUUAUUCAGGGUGUUUAUCUGGAUGCAUCAUUUGGUAAAGAAACAAAAUCUGAUGAAACUCAGACAAAGCUUCUUUCAACGAAACGGGGGCUUCAUCAUGAAAAACCAACUCUCAUCUACUCAAGGAAUGAUCUCGAUGUUGCCGUUCUGCCCAAUGAAGCUCCGUCACCCCCUGUUCAACCGAAAUCUGUUGAGGAUGUAGGUGAGGACAUUGAAGAUGAAUCACUCCUUCUUGAACAGGAAGAUGUAGAGGCUGUAUUUCAGCACAGUCAAGCCAAUGACGUUCUGUACGAAGGUGCACCUGGUAAUAUCACCCGUCAAUUACUUCGUUCAAUGAAAAUGGGUCAAGAAAUUUCGAGCGAAUUGAUUGACGCUUGGUUAAUAUGCAGCAUGAUGCCACCUUAUUUUCCCAAUCCAUUGAAGAAGACAUGA